AUGCAAGACCUCCACAGAGAAUUGUUCUUAAGCGCCCGCGAUCGACUCCCAUCAAACGAAGCCGCCAGAUACAUCGAAAACAAUAUUGCUCUACCAGAGCAGCCGCUGCCUGUGUUCAGUGAACGCUUAAAUGGGUUUGUAUCCUUGGACGAGGCUCGUCAGGAGCAGGAGGAGAGUGCAACCAAGUGGAAAGAAAUACAGGAGGAGACAGAAUCUCUCUUCGCAGUGAUGGCGCAAGUCCAGAAGAAGCUCGGUCAAGAUAAAACAGGUCAGAAGUACAAUACUAAGGUCGACCUACGUCAGUGCAACUGGAAAGUGGUCAUGGGAGAAGUAGAGAAAACUGCUCAAUUAUGGAGGAGCAGACCAAACAAGCAAAGCAAAGUCAUGGUCUUUGUUGACAAGGUUGGACGGCACUCUGAAGCUCUCGAAAGGUGGUUGGGGCUUCUGCCCACGGGGGAUUAUGGGUCGAGUAUCUGCGGAGCGUUCAAGAUUAUUAUUGGGGCUGCCGGGAGGUACACCAAGGUCGAGGAGAGCGUCUAUGAAGCAAUAUCAGAGAUACCAAUGAUCAUGGAGCGUGCGAAGAGAUACGUCGACAUGUACAGACAAAUGCGAGAUCAGUUCCUCGAACAGCGCACAAUCGAGCUUUUCCGAGCCAUCCUGACCCUGCUUCACCAGGUCAUGCAGUUCUUCCUUGAUGGCAAGCCAAAGAAGUUCAUUGGCAGUCUUAUACAGCAGGGCUCAUACAAGGAACAGCUGUUUCAGAGUGUUGAGGCCAUCAAGGCGUGUGCUCAGGCUGUGAAUGAUGAGGCGUCGCAAUGCCAAGCACGUAUGGUCAUGAAGGUCUAUGGGAAGACUGAACAGACGCAGAUAGUCUUUCACCGACUGAUGGAGUUUUUGUUGACGAAUGCUAGGUUCCAGGCGGCUGAAUCAGGUAUCUCCCCCCGAAAUUCUGCUCCGGGCAGCGACCCCAGCCGACUUCAAGUCUCUAGUUACGACAUCCUAAAUGCGGAUCGUUUUUCCUUGUGGGACCAAGACAUCAGCCAAAGCACAACUCCUACCAUUCUACAAAGCCCUUCACAACAGCCAACCCAAUCUAAAGCAGAUAUGGAGCAAACAAAGCAACGACUUCUCCGGUGUCUCAAUUACAACCCAGAAGCCUUGACCCGGGACAUUUUAUCUAUUCUUUCGUUGAACUACCAAACCUCAACGCGUCUACUUGCCAAUGGUCGCGGAGAUCUUUCUGCCAGAGGGUGUAUAUCCCGUUUCAGUGUUGUUAUGGCUGAACUGGCGCGGAUGUCAAACACGGGUCUCACUGGGUCUGCUCCUGUUCUCAUUCUCGAGUAUUUCUGUUCUGAACAUCAACCUUCGCACCCCAAUGACCCUCUUGCGUCAGCAGUUGGCAUGAUGGCAAGUAUCCUAGGCCAGCUGAUCCGCCAAAUGACAGACAAGGGUCUAGCAGUUGAUCUUUCCUUCAUCUCUGAUUCUAAGUGGCGAAAGCUGGAACGCUUAGAACUUCAUACCCUCUACAAAGUGUUCAAGCGCGUUGUGGAUCAAAUACCACAGGGUGGUGUUGUACUCUGCAUUAUCGAUGAGAUCUCGGUCUAUGAGACUUCUAGGCUUGGGGAAGAAACUGAGAUGGCGGUAAAGAAGCUUGUGCAGCUUCCACAUCAGGGCCGGUAUCCAGUAUUCAAACUGCUGGUCACUUGUUACGUUCAUGCUUUGGACGUGGGCAGGUACUUCUCUGUGUAUACUCUUGACUUGAAGAAGGAUAUUGAGGCAGAUGAUACAGCUGAUUGGGUCAUUGCGAACCAAUUAUCUUGA